ACCACUGAAAAUGACUCCCAAGAAGACUGCCGCUCCCUUCCUAUGGUUCUCUUUUUGCUUUGGGAAUGUUCUUGAGGCAGUGGUGCUGGGAUCGGUUCAGUACCCCGAUAACGGGCUCCAUUCACAUCUGGAUGCGCGCGGUCCUGCAGAAGCCAGCGCGAGCUCACGGAACGACUCCACAUCUGUUCAUGUUCCAUCUUACAUGAUCUCUCUGUACAGGACUCUAUCGGAACUGGACCGACGCGCAAGCAACGGCAGCCAGACGCGCUCCAGGAGAUAUGCCAAUACAGUGACCAGCUUCAUGGACCUGGGACCAGAGGAGCCUUCCCUAAAGUUCCACCAGCAGUACACAUUCGACGUGUCUGGUCUCUCACGACUAGAUCAACUGAUGGAGGUGGAGCUGCGGGUUCUGAGGAGGCCAUCACCUGAUGUUUUCAGUUUACUCUCCAGCGGUGGAAACCUGUACCGAAUACUCCUUCACACCUGCUCCCUCCCGGGAUCCUCUAACCAACCUCUGCUCCUCACCUCCAGGACCAUUGAUCUUCUAGAUACUGCUUCAGCCACUUGGGAUGUGUUUGAUGUUGGUGCAAGCGUGAAGACCCACCUCAAGUUCUUCAGGACAAUGGAAGGCAGCAGGCCGUUGUGCUUCAGUAUAUCAGCCAUUUCUGAUUCAAAUAAUGAGGUUGUGCAUCCCGGCAUGCUGGGUCUGAGCCACGAGGAUCAGCAGACCCAUGAAAGAGCUUUACUGGUGACCUUUACUCAAGCUCGGAGGAAGGAGAACCUCUUUAGGGAGAUCCGUGAGAAGAUAAAGGCCAUUAAAAGUCAUACAUUUCCUAAUCCUGCUCCGGAGCAUGGUAUUAAAGGUCAUCCAAGACAUCGGCGGAGGAGGCGGACUGCACUAGCAGGUCGUUCUGGUUUAGGACCCGUUACAGGGGGUGCCGGUGGAGGAAAGGGUGGUGGCAGGCGGAGAACACGUUGCAGCCGGAAGCCGCUUCAUGUGAACUUUAAAGAACUGGGUUGGGACGACUGGAUUAUUGCACCGCUAGAUUACGAAGCUUAUCACUGUGAGGGUUUGUGUGACUUCCCUUUACGGUCACACCUGGAACCAACCAACCAUGCCAUCAUCCAGACUCUCAUGAACUCCAUGGACCCAGAGUCCACCCCUCCCAGUUGUUGCGUUCCUACUAAGCUCAGUCCCAUAAGCAUCCUGUACAUUGACUCUGGGAAUAACGUGGUUUAUAAACAGUACGAGGACAUGGUGGUGGAGAGUUGUGGGUGCAGGUAGCAAUGUGAGUGAGGGGUGACCUACCCCUGGACAUUAUUCGAAAGCUGCUGCUGCUGCCUCACACGCAGAGGACAAGUUCAGCAUUGUGGGCAAGAUGAAGUAGUCAGAGCUGGUGAGAUGGACAGUGUGUAAAUGUGUGACAGUGAGCAUGUGUGUAUGUUCAAACGGAGAUAAGACAUUGAGUUGUGUUUAAGAAGUGAGUGGAGGACAUGUGUGCCGAACACUCCAAAUUCCCUUACAAAACCAAAUAAACAACUCCUCAACAGAAAAAGAGUGAAAACUUAGGCUUUCCAGAAAUUAUUUUACAUCCAUUUAUAAUAUAAACUUAAUGAUAGAGUGUUGAAGUAUCCUUGCAGCAGUGGUAGAAAUGUUGGCCCCGUUAAGACUCUGUCAGAGUCUGAGAAUCUGUCAGCGGUAGCACGCAACUAUAACGUGUAUAACAGCUAAAGGUGCUUUGCAUGACAGUCAGCUUAUAUUCAAGAUGAAAUAGCUCUGAAGAAUUUGAUAGUGCCUCUGAAAAUGUUUCUCUGUGGAGUCUGGUGGCCUUAAUUAAAUAUGACAUUGACUGAGUGAAAGUUAACAUUUACUGAGUGAAAGUUUGACUCCUUUCUAAAUCGAAGGGGUCAAAGUUCAGCUGGUUAGCAUGGCCUCAUUAGCUCAUUAGAUGUUGUAACUACACCGCGUGGUUGCAAAAACAUCUUUAUCAACUGACACCCAUUCAAGAGAGCUGUAUUAUAUCUAAACCACAUCUUUAGGUGUUUUACAAGUACACAAAGCUUUCUUAAACAUAUCAAAAUUGACAUUUUUACCCUAUAUUUUGUCAGGAUACUCAGGGAACUCAGGAUAUUCACUUUUAAAGGGUUGGGGGCUGUGCAUGUGCGGUGUCAUCAGCCAAUCAGCAUUGUCAUGACAUCAUUUUCCUUCAGAUUUAGAGUAAUUAGUCAUAUGCCAUUUAUGGCUCAAGUGAUUGGCUUGA